UAAUCUCGCCUAGCCAUGACCCGACUCCUAGUGAUAUGUGUAGUGGAAGUGUUCGUGCUCCAAAUAGUCCAAAUACAUGGAGCUGCGGAAAAUACGCCAGUGCUACAAAUAUCUCAAGGGAAACUGAUUGGUUUGGAGAUGAAAAAGGGCUAUUGGCAAUAUUUGGGAAUACCGUAUGGUACGGUGGAUGACAGAUUCCAGGAGGCAGGCCCUCCACCGCGCUGGCUGGGCGUAUUCAACGCGUCCGAGACCAGCGUCGUUUGCGCCCAAUACCACGACCGUCUACAGCUGCCCGUGGGUGUUGAAGACUGCCUGAUCCUGAACGUGUACACCCCCGGCCAGGUCAGCUAUAAGCGACUUUAUCCCGUCAUGGUGUUCAUUCACGGCGGCGGCUACAAGACUGGCAGCAGUAGCGCCUAUCUCUACAACCCUCAACCGCUCGCGAAAAAAGGAGUUAUCGUCGUCACUGUCAACUACCGGCUAGGCCCCUUCGGUUUUCUGUGCCUCAGAAUAAAGGGUGCGCCGGGAAACGCAGGAUUGAAAGAUCAAGUGGCUGCACUUAAGUGGGUCAGGGAUAAUAUUAGGUAUUUUGGCGGCAACCCAGACUUAGUAACUAUUUUCGGUGAGAGUGCAGGGUCAUCAUCAGUCAGCUAUUUGAUAUUAUCACCCGCAGCUAAAGGCCUGUUCCGAAGAGCUAUCAUGCAAAGCGCCUCAGCUCUAUCGCCUUUCGCUCUGCCAAAUGAUCCAAUAGAGCGAGCAUCAUUAGUUGCUGUCAAUAUGGGCUACAACACGAAAAACCCGUUUGAUCUAUUGAGGAUUUUCAAAAAUUCCACGAAAAACGAUAUUUUAAUUGCAAGCGCAUCAGUCACCUCCUCAAAUCUUCUAUCAAAAUAUGUCUUUAGACCGUGCAUUGAAAAGCAGGGGGUCAACAACAAGCCAUUCCUGUUCAUGAAUCCUCAAGACAUACUUGAAUCGGGGAAGUACAAUAAAGUAUCUAUGAUCAUUGGUUAUAACAAUAAGGAAGGCAUUCUAUACGUGACACAAUUAAACAAGAAAGUGUAUCAAAGUUUAAAUGAUAACUUUGCUGCUCUUUUGCCUGAUAACAUGUAUUUUUCAAGUAUUAAAGAGAGAAAAGAUACUGCAAACAAAAUCAAGACAUUUUACUUCGGAAAUGAUACUAUUAAUAAUAGUUCAGUGAAUAAUUUAAUAGAUCUAAUAUCUGAUGUGAUGUUCCAUUACCCAUCAGUGGCUAUAACCGAGUACUUCCUGAAUCACAAUCAUUUGCCUAUCUACAAUUAUUACUUCAAGUACGAUUCUUACAGAAACUUGGCGAAGAUCUUGUUGGGCCUGAAGGAUCUGAAGGGGGCGGCCCAUGGCGACGAACUGUUCUAUUUGUUCAAUCCGGCCAUUUAUUGGCCUUUGCCUUUGAAAGCAAAUGACGCAAAGAUAGUUGAGAGAAUGACUAGUAUGUGGACAAAUUUUGCCAAGUUCGGAAACCCUACUUCGUUAAAAUCCUCGGCACUGGACAUAGAUUGGCAAGCUAGCGACGACACAAAUCUGAGAUAUAUUAUAAUAGAUAAGAAUCUUACUGUGGACUCUUUGCCGAAUCCAGACCGCAUUGAUUUCUGGAGGAAAAUCUACAAUGAGACAGAUUUAAGUACAUAA